AUGUCGACGAAGACCAAGAAGCCCGCCGGCAAGGCUCAACGAUCCGCCAUCGCGGAUGUCGUGGCCAGAGAAUACACCAUCCACCUUCACAAGAGACUCCACGGCGUCACAUUCAAGAAGCGGGCACCAAAGGCCAUCAAGGAGAUCAAGGCUUUCGCAACACAGUCAAUGGGCACCACCGAUGUUCGUCUCGAUCCCCAAUUGAACAAGAAGGUCUGGGAGGCGGGUAUCAAGGGCGUUCCUUAUAGACUCCGUGUCCGAAUCUCGAGAAAGCGAAAUGAUGAGGAGGGAGCUGCAAACCGCUUGUAUAGCUACGUUCAGGCUGUCAAUGUCAAGGACGCGAAGCAUCUCACGACGGUGGUUGUUGAGGAGUAG